AUGAAAGCCAAGAUGCAGUCCAAGCUCCUCGUCGCCGCCGCCGUCACUGGCGCCCUGGCCAUCCAAGAUAUCUCCGGCUCCUUCCUCCAGAACUUCCGCCGCGGCUUCGAGGCUCUCGAUGCCCGCGAUGAAGCGGCCUGCAUCGGCGUCGCUGCCGUGGCCGCCACCAUAACCUCCGACUUCCCCCAGCUCCCCUCGGAGCUCGCCACCGCUAGCAACGUCAACAUCCCGCAGGUCACCGACCCGUGCAACUUCCCCUCCGUCACGGGCUCCGUGGGACAGGUCAUUACCUCCUACUCCUCCGCUCUGCAGUCCUGGCAGGACGCCCACAUCACCGAAAUCCGCUCGCUCUGGGCCGCCUGCAGCGACGUGCCUGCGUUCUCUGCCGUGCUCGCCGAGUACGGUACCGCCAUUUGCUCGACUGCGCUGGCGCCCCUUACUAGUCAGGACGCCGCCAGCGGCACCGCCGCCGCCACUGCAACGGCCACCGGUACUUCUACCGGUGAGGCUACUGGCGCUACUGCUUCUGGCGAGGCGGCUUCUACGACCGCAUCCCCCGCUGCCGCUGCGCCCCGUGAGACUGGCUUGCUCGUUGCCGCCGCCGCCGCCGCCGCCGGCUUCGUCGGCGCUGUCAUGCUGUAG